CACAAUGCACAACAGCAGAAUUAAUAACAAGGGUGUGUGAGUGAGUCAACUCUUUUUUAUUUAAAAUUUCUUUCCCAACUUUUUCCUAUACUCUCUGUUAUUACAGGCCCUAUAAAUGGAUGGAUGAUUCUAAAAUAAGAUCAUCUGUGCUUGAUGUUACAAUGCUGCAUGCUGGAGCUCUCAGUUUCCUGCCACACGUCACGCUCCUCCUUUCUCAAACAAAAAAACAAGAGAGUUUCACUUUCAUUUCUCCUAAAGCUGUCUUUAUCUCAGAGUCUCUGUGUAAGUCCCUACUCUUUGAAAGGGUAAUGGAGUCCAAGCUGCAGGAUGAGUUUAUCUGCUCUGUGUGCCUGGAGCUGCUCAAAGACCCCGUCUCUAUUCCUUGUGGACACAAUUUCUGUAUGCAGUGCAUUUCGGAAUGCUGGGAUCAGAUGGGAAUCUGCAGCUGUCCACACUGUAGGGAGACCUUUAACCCGAGGCCUGCAUUGCGCAAAAAUACUCUGCUGGCUGAAGUCGUGGGGAAAAUAAAGAAGUGCAGUGUGGAUUAUAAAAUAUCUCAAGGUGUCCUGGGACUGGAUGAUGUGGAGUGCAAUUUCUGUAUUGGGAAGAAUAUCAGGGCUGUGAAAUCAUGCCUGACCUGUCUCGCUUCAUUCUGUGAGUUACAUGUUCAGCCUCACUAUGAGUUUGCUACCUGGAAGAAUCACAGACUCACUGAUCCAAGUCGACAUCUGCAGGAGAAGGUCUGUCAACAGCAUCAGAAAGCUUUGGAACUCUUUUGCAGAACUGAUGAGACAUGCAUCUGCUGUUUGUGUGCAGUAACAGGACACAGGGGUCAUGAGACCGUGGAGCCAGAGACACAAAGGGCUAGAAAGCAGACUCAGCUGAGAGGAAUGCUGAUCAGAAUCCAAAAGGAAAUCCAGGAGAGGCAGAAGAAUUUGAACAAGAUCAAGCACAAGGCUGCUGCAAUUAAAUUGUCGGCAGAUAAGGUGGUGCAGAAAAGCGAGAGAACCUUCACGGACAUGAUCGAAUGUAUUAAAGCAACCCGCAAGCGAGUGACCGAACAAAUCAGAGAACAUGAAAAGAAUGAACUAAGUAAGGUUGACGGAGCCAUGGCAGAACUGGAGAAGGAGAUUGAAGAGUUAAAGAAGAGCGAGGCCGAUCUAACUGAACUUUCGAGGACAGACGAUCACAUCUAUUUCCUUCAGACUUUUUCAUCUUUUUGUGUCCCCCCUGGAGCUGGAGAUCCAGUAAGUGUCACUGCUACUGCCACUGCAGACUUCUUUUAUGAGGAACUCAGGAAGAAGGUGUCCCAUCUGAAAGAGUGCGUGGAGAAGGUCAGCAUAUGGGCAACUGAAAGCUUGUCUCAGACAGUUACUAAAGCUCCAAUUUACACCAAACCAUCUUUAGCUCUGCAGGACAGGGAGGACUUCUUGCAAUAUUUUUGUCACCUCACACUGGACCCAAAUACUGCAAAUCGAGACCUCUUUUUGUCUAAUGACAACAGAAAAGUGACAGGGAUGAGAAAUCCUCAGAUACCUCCUGACCACCCCGACAGAUUUGAUAGGCUGACCCAAGUGCUCUGCAAAGAGGCUUUAUCUGGAGCUCGAUUCUACUGGGAGGUGGAAUGGAAAGGCAGAGAAGCAGAGAUAGGAGUCGCCUAUAAGGGAAUCGGCAGGAAAGGACGUGGUGCAGAGUGUCUCUUGGGGUACAAUGACAAUUCGUGGAGUUUGUGCUGCAGCGACUCCUAUUACUGUGUGCAGCACAAUAAGAUAGUGACUAGAAUAACUGCCCCCUACUGCUGCAUAAUAGGUGUGUACUUGGACUGGCCAUCAGGUUCUCUCUCAUUUUAUAGUGUCUCAGAGAAAAUGACCCUUCUGCAUAGGUUUCAUACCACAUUUUCUGAGCCACUCUAUCCUGGGUUUCGUCUCAAUUAUGCGGAUUGUAGUGUUACAAUCUACACUCAUACCUCAUCACCUCAGUGAUCAGAAUUUUACUCCAGUCUUACGCUGAGUUAUAGUUGUGACAUUGGCGUUCAAAAAUACACAUAAAAAAAACACACACCCCAUAAUUACAGUAUGUCAUGGAUCUAACUGCUGAAACCUCUGUCAUGAUCUACACUAGUAGGCUGAAAUGAAAACGUUCAUGUGGAUUUGGUAAAACAGAAGGGUAGUGGGAUAUGAUGUUGAAGAAAAGCUUAUGUUAAUUUUGUCUUUUAUCUACAGUAUAUACCUUUACUUUGGGAGUACCUGAUAUCCCUUAAUUGUCCUGGCUAUGAAUGAUGAAACCAGGGGGCACCACUUGGGCCUUGGCCUGGGAUACUUUUGGCCUAUUGCAUUCUGUGUUGUUAUAUUUUAUGUAACCUAUGGAGCAAGACUGGCGGUAUAGGGGAGUGAUGUGUGUUGUUGUUCUGCUGGCAAAAAAGAAUUUCUCUGUGAUUGUUAGAUGUAACAAUAAAUGUGAACUUAACUGA